AUGGCAUAUCCCCAACACAUGGAUCCGUAUUUUCGGCCACCGGACUACGGCGAGUCGUACAAGUUCAUCCGGAUGGCCGAUGACCUCCACGAUGUGGCAUCCUACUUGUCCGAUAUGCGCCUAUGCUUCAUCGCUUUGACCAUCACGGGUUACUUGGUCUUAAUAAUCUACCUAAUUUUGCUGUGCGUGCGGAGAAAUCGGCGGUCACCACAGAGGCGGCGUAACUGGGAUUUUCCGGAAAACCAGCGAGACUACCCACAAACCACCCAAACAAACGGCGACGAUCUCGUUUCCGUUCGAAGUGACGGCCAGACUGGCUAUAUGGGCCGAAAUCACCAUAGCCGAAUGGACUCUCGCGCCACACCCUCCUUCAUGCGACACGGUCACAUGAACCACCAGCAAACAACAAGGCUGAUGGCAGACCAUGAUUCAUCUACAGUAAAGCACACCGUCCCCUCAAUUGUCACUGAUCCACCUGCUGAAGAAAAAGCAUCUCCAGGAGCCAAGGUGCCGGCACUUGUCUCAAACGCAGAA